UUAGCGUUGGCUGCUGCUGAGUUAGCCGCAUCCUUGAUUUAAUUUUUUUGGUUGUAAUUAUGUGUAGCAUGGAGCUAACACCUACGCAAUUAAUUCUGUUCCCGAACAACAGCAAUUCAGCUUCAGCUGUACGUUGGAUAGUAAUAAGCAUAGUGCUUUACAUAUUGGAAGAGAUCACAGAGAAGCAAAUUCCAUGUCCGUGUACAUCUCCAGACGCAAAUUCUGAAUCUUAUCGUAUGGUCUUCGCGAUACCUGCAGUACUACUGUUUUUCCUUGCUAUGGUGUUGCAACAUAAAAAGAAAUAUAAAAACUUCGAAGAAAUUUGGGAAGAAUGCCAGCGCUGCCAGGAAUGUGAGUCCAAGGCCUUUGCUGUCUCUUUCUGCAAAUCAGUCAGCCUAUCAAUAAUAUGGAUCGGUAUUUUGUUUCUGGAUGGUGAUUAUUACGCCUGUUCUCAAAACAUGAAUGAUGAGAAAAUGAACAGUACAAUAUGCUCCAAACUCAGCUGCGAACGGAAUCCCGAUAUUUUUUUACCUGAAUACGGUCGUAAUUGUAAUUAUUCGCGGCGUAUAGGUGCCGGUUUACUUACCACGUGGGUGAUUUUGGUUUUAAUCUGCUACCUUUUCCAACCUGACGAACAGCAUCAAACCAAACACACAUAUCAUAUCAAGCUUAUAGAAGCGACACAAGGACGGAUUACGGAGCCAUUGCCACAUGCGAGCACUAACGAAGACAAUAUGAUUUCAUUACUGCAAUCAAGACUGCCAAUAUCUUUUACUGCAACGAUCCAGACUGUUUCAGAUGAAGACAAUUCUACCAGUGAAGUGAGAGAAAAUUCGACUGACGGACCUUCGCAGGAAGCUGAAGGACCUCGAAAUGAAUCGUAGAAAUAAUAUGCGAUGGUAUGUUAGUUGUGCCCUACCAUUGCCAGGAGUUCACACAAGUGCACUAUUCAGAAAAGACUACUUACCAAAAUCGUGAGCAUUCCGAAAUGGAAAAUCAAUUCAGAAACAAAGACAAAAUGAAUGAGGAAGUUAUCAAUGUGACUUAAAAAUAUUUAAACUCAUUCUGAAUAUGAUUGGAGAAUCAAAAUGAUUACAAUUUCUUUAAAGACUAGACAAACAAAAAUAUCAAAUGACUCUGCUUGAGCGUAAUAAAUCAUUUCAAUUAUAUUCUUAAAGCAGCUAAAAAUAAUUUGACCCAUGAAUGCUGAAUAUAGGGUUAAAGACAAGAUUCGUGGCAGAAUGGAGGAACAGAGAGAUCUGGGUGUGCAAGUACAUAGAUCCCUCAAAGUUGCCACCCACGUGAAUAGGGUUUUAAAGAAAGCAUAUGGUCUUUUGGCUUUCAGUUACAGGGGUAUUGAGUUUAAGAGCCACAAGGUUUUGCUGCAGCUCUACAAGUCACUAGUGAGACCACACUUGAAAUAUUGUGUGCAGUUCCGUUCACCCUACAAUAGGAAAGAUACAGGAGAGGGUGCAAAGAAGAUUUACCAGGAUGCUGCCUGAACUGGAGGGCUUGUUGCAUGCAGAAAGGUUGAAUAAGCUCAGACUUUUCUCUCUGGAGCGAAGGAGGAAGAGAGGAGACCCGAUCAAGGUAUACAAAAUAAUGAGAGGCAUGGAUAGAGUCAAUAGCCACAGACUUUUCCCCAGGGCAGGAUUGACUGGUACGAGAAGUCAUAGUUUGAAGAUAUUAUGAGGAAGUUAUAAAGGAGACAUCAGAGAUAGGUUCAUUAUACAUAGAGUUGUGAAUGCAUGGAAUGCAUUGCCAGUUGAGGUGGUGGAAGCGAAGUCAUUGGGGACAUUUAAGUAACUGCUGGACAUGCACAUGGAUAGCAGUGAGUUGAGGGGUGCGUAGGUUAAGUUACUAUAUUUUACAUUUGGAUUAAGUCUCGGCACAACAAUGUGAGCCUAAGGGCCUGUUUUGUGCUAUACUUUUCUAUGUUCUAUGAAUGGAAGGACUGUUAGCGUUAAAAAGGAAGUAUUUUGAACUUGUUGGCUGAACCAGAAAACAAAAAUAGCUAAUGCUUCAGAGUGAUGAUCUUUUACUUUAGAAACUUUUUUUAGAAAUAUUAGAACUUAAACAAAUUGAGAGCCAAGAAAAAGGGAGGAUGAGAGAGGAGAACAAUGGGGAGAAUGAGAGGGUGAAAUGUAGAAAUGGAUGAUAGUUAAAGCCUUUCCAGGAUGUGCUGAUAAUUGUCUUUCGACUAAUCUCUAACUUGCUGUUUCUGUUGUGCUUUCUUGAAUAGUAGAGUUAAUUUUUUUUAGCUUUCCCAGAUAUGUAAAUAGAAAUGUAAUAAAAAAGGUUGAGGUUAAUUAUGAACCAAAGUGUACAAAAGCAGGGAGCACACCUGAGGAGGUAUCUGUCUUUACUGAUGAAAAUGUUGCCCAAAUAUUAGUGAAAGAGUUGAGAUCAUGGAUAAACUAACAAUUGAUAAAAGAUAAGAUUGGAUAAUAUUCAUCUAAGGGGCUGGCACAGUGUCUCAGCGCUACUGCCUUGCAGCAUUAGGGAUCUGGGUUUGAUUCCACCCUCAGACGAUUGUCUACGUGAGUUUGAAUUUAUUGUCUGAACCAGGCGUGGAAGUAUCUGUGGAGAAAACAAAAAUAGAGUUAAGGUGGAGUUUGCACGUCCUCCACACCUCUACGUGGGUUUCCUCCACAGUCAAAUAUUGUGCAGGUUAAGUGGAUUGUCCGUGCUAAAAUGUCCAAAUUGUUCAGGGAUGCACAGGUUAAGUGGAUUUUCCAUGGUGUAUGUUGGGUUAUAGGGAUAGGGCAAUGGGGUGAGUCCAGAUGGAAUGCCGUUCGAGGGGUCAGUGUGGACUUGAUGGAUUGAUUGGCCUGCUUCCACACUGUAUGGAUUCUAUGAACAAGAAUUUUAAAGAAUGAGUCUAUAAAAUGAACGUGUAAAAUGAAGAUAUGCAAAGAGCUGAAGAAGGCGACUGUUUAUGCAGAUGUCUGAGAUACUCUUUCAGGUUUGAAACAAUGAUGAAGUCGCAAUGAUGAAAAAAUAUGAAGUUCAUAAUGUGAAAUCUGAACAACUUUUCAGAAACAGAACAGGACAAUCUAUAUUUGAGUUGCAACAGCGUCGCUUCUCUUGACGGAGUUUUGAAGUAUAAAUGUUGGAAACAGAAAAUGCCUGAAAGCCUCACGAAAGUUUAAUUUUCCAUCUUAAAGCAGAGAGUAAUUCCUGCAUGAGAAUUUGACAGAUUGUGAUGAUCAAGAUGAACUUUGAAAUUUAAUUGGGCAAUGGGGGAAUUAUUAUGUGGAUUGCAUGUUGUAAGAUAAUUUUUAGGAUGUUGACAUGAUAGAUAAUGGGGGAAAUGGGCUGUAAUGGGCUGGAUAGUGGGAGAUGAUGUUGAGCAGCUGGGUAUCUGUGGUAAUUUCGAGGUAUAAUGUUUGAUUUUGAUGUGGUUGUUUUUAAGUUGAAGACGAAAAGUAAAUUCUGAGAAGAAUGAGAACCUUGUUUAAAAAUCUAAUAAAUAGUGUGUU